AUGGUAUCAGUUUUGCUUGUGUUGAAAGAUAAGUGUCUGGGAGCAAGGGUAAACAGAAACAAAGCUCAUUCGAAGGUGGUGGACGUUACAACAUUCGGUGCCAAGGGCGAUGGAGUGGCCGAUGAUACCAAGGCAUUUCUAAGGGCAUGGGAAGCAGCCUGCAACAAGGAUUCGGCUACGCUACACAUUCCAGUUGACCACCGCUUUCUUGUUGGACCUCUCACCUUCUCGGGACCCUGCAAAUCGAACAUUGUAUUUCAGGUUGAUGGAAGUAUUAUCGUACAAGUGAAUCCAAAGGCCUGGACAUCUAAACUGGUGGAAUGGAUAAAUUUCGAGAUACUCAACGGGAUUACUAUCGCCGGCAAGGGCACUCUUGACGGACAAGGGGCAGUUUGGUGGAAGAUUUCCAAACUACAAGAUGAGGUGAAUGAUAGCAGAUAUAGUGGAAGCAGUUUACUAAGUGUGAGACCAACGGCGUUGAGAUUCUAUAAAAGUUACGACGUGAGCGUGCAAGGCAUUACCAUACAAAACAGUCCCAAAUGCCAUCUAAAGUUUGAUUUCUGCACUUCUGUUAAAGUCGUUGGCGUGACAAUCUCCUCCCCUGCAGAUAGCCCAAACACAGACGGAAUUCAUCUCCAAGACUCUCGCGAUGUUGAAAUUCACCAUUCCUCAAUGGCAUGCGGAGAUGACUGCGUGUCAAUACAAACAGGUUCGUCAGGGAUCCGCAUUCACAACAUCAAUUGUGGCCCUGGUCAUGGUGUGAGUAUUGGAGCACUUGGAGAAGAUGGAACAAAAGCCUGCGUUUCCAAUGUGAGCAUCUAUGACAUCAAAAUCCACGAUGCUUCCAAUGGAGGCCGGAUCAAAACAUGGCAGGGAGGAUCUGGAAGGUUGAAAAGCGUAUCCUUUUCCAACAUAAAGGUUUCCAACGUUCGAGUGCCCAUUAAUAUCGAUCAAUUUUACUGUCAUGAUAAGCCUUGCAGCAAUCAUACCUCAGCGGUAUUUAUAUCAGACAUCACUUAUGAGAAAGUCACAGGCACUUACUUGGACACUCCAGUUAAUUUGGCUUGCAGUGACGAUGUGCCCUGUACUCAUUUAAAGUUUAAAGGUAUUGAACUUCAGCCUGCUGAUAGAGAUGAGAAGAGUCCCUUUUGUUGGAAUAGCUAUGGAGAACAACAAUCAGGUGCUGGGUGCCUGAAAACUGGAACCCCACCCAAUGACCCUUCCCUCGGUCACUCUCCCAAAGAUGCAUGCUAA